AUGGAAGACAUGAAAACGAGGAACAAGUUCGAGUUCAAGAACUUUGACGUAGUUUUGGACGAUUCAGAUCACCACUUUGUUAACCAAGAGUUCAGCAACAUAAAUAGCCGAGCGUACAAGAGUAUCAUGAAGGAGUGGAAAAUCCUUGAACAAAAUCUACCUGAAUCCAUCUAUGUUCGGGUCUAUGAGGGACGCAUUGAUCUCAUGAGGGCGGUGAUUAUAGGCGCCAACGGCACACCUUUCCGCGAUGGCCUCUUCUUCUUUGAUAUCGCGUUCCCUUCUAAUUACCCGGAUAGCCCGCCCAAAAUCCAUUUCAUUUCGUUUGGGCUCACUCAACUCAGCCCGCACCUACUUCAUAACGGCGAAGUGUGCCUGAGCCUGGUCCGUUGGCUCCCGCUCGCGAAGAAGUUCCAGAAGUGGAACCCAUCUGUGUCCACGUGUUUCCAGCUCCUGCUCUCCAUUCAAGCACUUGUUCUCAAGGAGAAGCGCAUCUUCAACCAACCCGCCAUUGCACUCGACAGCAAUUGGUACAUUGUGCAAGCUUACCGCGAGACGUGUAAGCUUGUCGUGCACCUCAUUCAAAGGCCUCCAAAAAACUUCGAAACCUUCGUCAAGGGCUACUUUUGCGAUCGUGCAACUGUGAUUCUGGCCGCGUUCAUAGAGUACGCGUAUGGUCGCGUGUGUAUUGGAUACUACGGCAGCGCAUCGUCGUCUUCUUCUCUUCCACGUAAGAAUUCUUUCAUGAGCAAGAGGUGGGCGCAGGAGUUUUACCCUAUCAUGGUUAAUGCGUUUGAACUGUGUGGUGCUUCUUUGGAUCCUUCCCUCCGUAGCUUGGUGUUGUUGUCCGAGUCCGAGAAAAAAAAGAGUACAAUCUUGAAGAAAGGCUUGUCGCACAUAAAGUCUUUCAUCACCGGGAAGUAA